AUGAACAACCACAACUUUGACAUGUACUACGACAACCCGUCGAAUCGCUCCCCCACCUCCAACCGCCAAAACUCCCUCCACCGCCAGACCUCGCGCCAGCAGUUCGAAGCCUGCGGCCACCUUCCGUCCGGCCUCUACACUGCCGAAGAUCACGCCAACUUCAAUGGUGGGAACAGGUUCAACGAUAUGCGGAACGCGACUGUGGGUGGCUAUGGGAAUGGCUACGAUAUGGGUGGCCAGUCAUGGAAUGCUGGCGCGUUCGGCCAGAACAACACCCUGAACGGACUGGGUGGUUCCAGCUUGAGGAAGCCUCCGUCACGCGGCGGUCGCUCAGGACUGCCACCGCAGUGGAUGGGCGACAACCAGCAGAUGCCGCUGAACCCCUUCAUGGGGGGAUUGGGAGGUCUUGGUGGACCGGGCAUGGGACGUCAGGACAUGAGCUCUGAGCCAGACGAGGAGCUCAUACCCACCGCCAUCGUCAUCAAGAACAUCCCAUUCGCCAUCAAGAAGGAACAGCUCGUGGGCAUCAUGACUGACAUGGGCCUACCCCUCCCGUAUGCCUUCAACUAUCACUUCGACAACGGCGUGUUCAGAGGCCUGGCCUUUGCAAAUUUCACCAACCCAGAAGAGACGGCAACGGUCAUUGACGCGAUGAACCACUUCGAGCUUAACGGGCGGAAGUUGAGAGUCGAGUACAAGAAGAUGUUGCCAGCUGCGGAACGCGAACGCAUCGAGCGUGAGAAGAGAGAACGGAGAGGCCAGCUGGAGGAGCAACAUCGACCGAUGGCACCGCAGACUUUGCAGACGCAGGCAUCUGCAUCUUCUCUGUCAUCACGCAUGCUUGCUGGCUCACCCUCGCCGGUCUCUGCACGCAACCAGAAGAUGGGCCCUGGCGCUGGUCUGCCCAGCUCCUUCGGCGACCCUAACGCUGGCGUCGAUUUAGACAUGAACGACCCUCAAGCUCUCCAGCACUACUCGAAGCUCCUCAUCUUCAAGGAAGAUCCUGCAAGGGAUCUUUUGGUGUUCACGCCCACUCUCUCGCCUCCAGAGCGACGAAUUGUGCAUACCCUCGCACACCACAUGGGGCUUGGCCACAUGUCAAAGGGUGAAGGAGAUCGACGAGCUGUGCACGUCUACAAGGAGGGCAGACAACGCUUGAGCCCGCCCAUGCCAUCCAUCCCGAAUCUGCAAAACGAUCAACGACGAGCUCUCAACAGGGCAGCCACCACCGACUUCAGCGACGUUCGUGCCAACGAGAACUAUUACGGCGGCCAGAACCUGCGUCAUCAAGCUUCUGGUUAUCUUGGAUACCACGAGUCGCCCGGAGGUCUCGCUGCUGGCAACCCACUUCGAUCGGCCAAGUCUUUUGCAGACCUGCGUUCCUACACACCAUCGCCCGUACCUUCGACCGCAAGCUUCCCAGCUGCUCUCAGCAACAACGUUGCUCGGCUCCAAGAAUUUGGCAGAGAUACUACGCAAUCUAACACGCCCACACUAAUGACACCCACUUCCAGCCUCGCUGACCGUGGCGACACGACCAACUUGAUCAACGGCCUUGGCAACAUGAACCUUGGACCUGGCUUCGGCGGCAGCCCUCGUGGUCUGCGAGGAUUCCCAUCUUGGGAUCGCGAGAACCCAGGCCCAAUCGGUAGCAACCGAUCGUUCAGCACCAACUAUGAUGACCGCUCUCGUGGUGGACUGCCAGGCGGUCCUGAACGCCAGCCACGCGGCCCCAUCCCAGAGCGAGGUGCAGGUUUCCCCCGAAGACAGAAUGGCCAUGUCCAACGCAACAGUGACGAGCUGUCACAGCAAAGCAGCGCUGCGGAGAUCACGGUCGAGCACUAG